AUGACGGACAUCGAUGAGGAUGAGCCACCAACUGCUACAUCUUACACUCAAACCAACAGCCAUCACGAUAUAGAAGAUGAAGUGCAGGAUUGGAAAAUAUUAGGCAAUCGCAAUGCAUCUUCAUCGCAAACCACAUCAUCAGCAAUUCCCAAACGUGGUGAAAAGGAAUUCGAGCCAGAUGGAACUACGGUGCAAAAUCAAUCACUAAAAGAAUCACAACAGGCAAUGUUUGAUGCAUUGUCGAAUACUCGUGGUCAUCAUAUCAAGCACAAGUUGAUUGGAGUUUGGGUGCCGAAGUUAAACCAAUGUGUUAUUUUGCAAAUUCGUGGUAAUUUCUUCAGAGAUAUGGGCGUUGCUCAUGGGACACUCAUGUAUUUGAAUCAAUAUGAAACAGUCUACCUAGUUGAAAGGGGAAGUUUGAUUGCUUACUCAUCUAGUGAAGAAUUUGAAAGUUGGUUGGAUAGUGGAGGUACGGAGUUUGAUAUUGAAACGAAACUAUGGGUUUUGGAUUUGGAGUAUCUAUAUUGUUUGACCAAGGUUGAUAUUCUGCAAUAUCAGGUUUAUUCAUACUUGAAGCGAUUGGGAUAUAUUUUGCAGACCCGACUGUUACAACCUACUAUACAAAAAGGCAGAGUACACAGUCCCACUUUGGAUGUUUCAUUUUGGUUAUUACCUCGCCAGUGGGGAAUUCUUGCUUAUCCAACAUUACAUACUUGUCAUUUUAAAUCAAAGACAUAUUUUAACUACACCAACAUUUAUAAAGCGGUAACUUUGAAUACGGAAAAGAUUGUCACUACUAAGCCCAUAGACCCACUACAAAUAACGUAUAAUGUAUGGAGACCAACACCUUCAUUCGCAAAGAAAUCACCACCUCAUCCAGAUUAUGAACUAGUUGUUAUUGAUUCAUCAAAGGAUACAUCCUACUUAACUUUAUCACAGUUACACAAUUUGCAACAGCAACUAAAAGCAAAAGAGUAUGAAGUAACUGAAAAAAAAGCUCCCAAGAAGCAGCCACGUGUUGAAUCCAAACGUCAAAUACGAGCUAAACAACAAGCGGAACGUCAAUUAAAAUUGGAUAAAUCGAUCCAAUUGAGGAAUGAGUAUUGGAAACGACGCGACUCAGGAUUCAAACAAGGUGCAUCACUGAUUAUUGUUGCAAUUGUAAACCAAGGUGUUAUCAACUUUAUCAAUUUAUCAACUGGUGAUUUCAAUUGUGAGUUUAACAAAGACGCAUUGGAUGAGAUAUAUCCAGGGAAAGCACAUUCAGUAAUACACCACGAAUAG